AACAACUAUCUCUUAUGGAGAGAUUCAAUGGUAUUUUGUUCGAAAAAAUACAUUUUUUCUUUCUUUUCUCUUCACUUUGAAAUGGGUCUGAAAGUGUUGAAAUUUCAGAAUGCAGCUGGAGGAGGAGGAGGAUCUUCAUCAAGUUCUUCAAAGGGUAAUCAUGUAUUAGAGAGAAAAGUAAGGCCACAAAAGGAACAAGCUUUGAGCUGUCCGAGGUGCAAUUCAGCCAACACCAAGUUCUGUUAUUACAACAAUUACAGUUUGUCUCAGCCCAGGUAUUUUUGCAAAGCUUGUCGGAAGUAUUGGACUGUCGGCAGCUCUUUAAGGAAUGUUCCUGUCGGCGGUGGCUCAAGGAAGAACAGAAGGUCUUCAUUUUCAUCAUCAUCAUCAUCAUCAGCUGAUGAUGAUAGAAAUAUUGACACCCACCACCCUAUUCCGGCUUCUUCAACUACUACUACUCAUCUUUUUUAUUCUUUCAUGGCGGCCAACGGCGGGGGCGGCGGCGGCGGCGAUGACCAGACGGCUGUUAUGUUUCCAGCUGAAGAAUCGAGUUAAAUCGAGGAUAUUGGAAUGGGAUGUUGGGA